UCCUGCUUGACACUGGAUCUAAAAAGGAGCAGGAUGUAACGGUUCAUGUACCGAGCUUUCUCCGCAUCAGUCAUCUAUCAUCGGUCGGACUCUCCUCUCAUGUCGACGUGGGGGCUCUGGCUGCUCUGGCUGCGGGGGAUGGCUGAUGUGAGGACCGUCAGCGGAGACCACUAACGUUUGAAAACAUGUCCAACAUCCUCGAUGCGGCGUCCAAAGUGAGAUGGGACCGCACUGCUGCGGCGAAGCGAGCCGUGUUACUCGCUGCCGCUGCUUACGGCAUCAAAACACUGUACCCCAUCAUCUGCAGGCAGAUCAGCAAAGGCAAAGAUCCAGAGAGGAACCGCCGGCUUUCGAAGGCGGAGAACGGCUCCACCUGUUCAGGAAACGGUCAGAUAGUUGCCGCGGGUGAGAGGAAGACAUCACCAGGGGUUAACGCUGCGUUUUUCAAGCAGAUCCUCGAACUCGGUAAGAUCCUCUUCCCCAAGCUUGUAUCCAAAGAGCUCGCUUUGCUCUCCCUACACUCUGUGGCGCUGGUAUCCAGGACGUUUCUGUCCAUAUACGUGGCCAGCUUGGACGGUAAGAUCGUCAAAACGAUCGUGGAGAAGAAGCCCAGGCGCUUCAUCCUCCAGCUCAUCAAAUGGCUCCUCAUUGCCAUCCCGGCCACGUUCGUCAACAGCGCCAUCCGCUACCUGGAGUGCAAACUGGCUCUGGCCUUCCGCACCCGGUUGGUGAACCAUGCCUACCGGACCUACUUCACCGACCAGACCUACUACAAAGUCAGCAACAUGGACGGGAGACUGGCCAACCCGGACCAGUCUCUCACUGAGGACGUCAUGAUGUUCUCCCAGUCCGUGGCUCACCUCUAUUCCAACCUCACCAAGCCCAUCCUGGAUGUGAUGCUGACCUCCUACACCCUGAUCCAGACUGCCCGCUCCAGGGGGGCCAACGCCACCGGGCCCACCAUGCUGGCCGGCCUGGUGGUCUUCGCCACGGCGAAGGUGCUGCGCGCCUGCUCGCCCAGGUUUGGGAAGCUGGUGGCCGAGGAGGCUCACAGGAAGGGCUACCUGCGCUAUGUGCACUCCAGGAUCAUCGCAAAUGCUGAGGAAAUAGCUUUCUACAGAGGUCACAAGGUGGAGAUGCGUCAGCUGCAGAAAUGUUACCGGGCUCUGGCCGAGCAGAUGAACCUGAUCCUGUCCAAGCGUCUGUGGUACAUCAUGAUCGAGCAGUUCCUCAUGAAGUACGUGUGGAGCAGCAGUGGACUCGUCAUGGUCGCCGUGCCGAUCAUCACGGCCACCGGCUUCGCCGACAACGAAACAGCAGAUGGUCAGAGACAGGUGAUGGUGAGUGAGAGGACGGAGGCUUUCACCACCGCCCGCAACCUCUUGGCCUCAGGAGCCGAUGCCAUCGAGAGGAUCAUGUCCUCCUACAAAGAGGUCACAGAGUUGGCAGGCUACACUGCACGAGUCCACAACAUGUUCGAGGUGUUCGAGGACGUCCAGAGGGGUGUUUACAAGCGCUCCUCUCUAUCGACCACAACAGGAGCAGAGAAGAAGAGCAAGCCUGAGAUGCACAUAGAUGGACCGCUGGAGAUAAAGGGUGAAGUGAUAGAUGUGGACCAAGGCAUUGUGUGUGAAAAUGUACCAAUUAUCACGCCCAAUGGGGACGUCGUCGUGUCUUGCUUGAAUUUUAAGGUGGAGGAGGACAUGCACCUUUUGAUCACGGGGCCUAACGGCUGUGGGAAAAGCUCUCUGUUCAGGAUCCUCAGCGGCCUGUGGCCUGUUUAUGGCGGUCGGCUACACAAACCCUCUCCUCAGCAUAUGUUUUACAUCCCUCAGAGGCCCUACAUGUCAAUGGGAUCACUGCGGGACCAGGUGAUCUACCCAGACUCAGUGGAGGAAAUGGCUGCUAGAGGCAUGAGUGACAGGGACCUGGAGGCCAUCUUGGAUAUAGUCAACCUCAAUCAUAUAGUCACCAGAGAGGGAGGCUGGGAUGCCGAACUCGACUGGAAGGACGUGCUGUCUGGAGGCGAGAAGCAGCGAAUGGGAAUGGCUCGCAUGUUUUACCACAGGCCUAAAUACGCUCUGUUGGACGAGUGCACCAGUGCUGUGAGCAUUGACGUAGAGGGAAAGAUUUUCCAGGCUGCUAAGGACACCGGCAUCGCCCUGCUCUCCAUCACACACAGACCCUCCCUGUGGAAGUACCACACCCACCUGCUGCAGUUUGACGGCGAGGGCGGCUGGCGCUUCGAGCAGCUGGACACAGCCACACGACUCUCCCUCACGGAGGAGAAGCAGCGGCUGGAGUCUCAGCUGGCUGGCAUUCCUGAGAUGCAGAAUCGCCUCAACGAACUCUGCAAGAUCCUGGGAGACGACUCUGUCCUUAGAACAGCCGAGUGAGAGGG